CUCUUCGUGGCCACAGUUUCGACCGUGAACGUUCUUCCCUAUUUCUGAUGUUCUUCUGCCGAACGUCUUUUCCAAAAAGGAUUUAUGGUGAAUCGAAAGCACUCCGUGGCCUCAGUCGCAAACGACUAGGACCCGGCGAUGGUGGUAUAGAUGUUUCCGGAGUAGUGGCAGGGAUAGCAUAUGUUAUCCAAUGCAAAAAUUGGGCCUGUAAAAUAGGUCGUAAGGUCGUGGACGAGUUUUUCGGGGUGGUGUAUAGACAGAAAAACAACCCCAUCGGGAUAAUAGUGGCCCCUUCCGGAUAUUACCCGGGAGCGGUUGACGCCGCGCUUGAGUACGGCAUUAUCCUUACGGAUAAUGCAAAUCUAGUUGAAGUUUUGCUCGACGCC